AGUCUGACCAAUAAACAGCCGCCAGAAUCAUGACAGGACUGAACGCUUUAAAAGUGGAUGCUAAUGUAGUAGUUCUUGGGACAGACAGGGUUGGUAAAUCUGCGCUGACAGUCCGCUUCUUAACUAGAAGAUUCAUUGGAGAAUAUGGGGAUAUUGAAUCAAUCUACAGCCACAAUGUUAUCGUGGAUGGAAGGGACAUAACUUUUAACAUCUGGGAUUCACCAUAUUGUCAGGACCGGUCCAGGGAGACCUCCCUAUAUGAGAAGAGAGUCCAGUGGGCAGACGGUUUUGUCCUGGUCUACAGCAUCUGUGACAGGGCCAGCUUCAACGCUGUCACCAAGCUGAUCCAGUCCAUCAAGGCCACCAAGGACUACCUGGGCAUGGACAAGGUGCCCAUAGUGAUCGUGGGCAACAAGAAGGACCUGAAUCACAGACGGACGGUCCUCAGUGAGGAGGGCAGACUGCUAGCCCUCACCACAGCCUGCCAGUUCUAUGAGGUUACAGCUGCUGAGAACUACCACAGUAUCCUCAUGGUGUUUCACGGACUAAUACACAGGAUACGGGCGUCCAAGUCAUCCAUUAAGAGGCCAGCUGGAAUCAAGGGUAUAGUGAAAAGCAUGUCUGCAGUUUUUACCAGGAAACGAACAGAUUCGCUGUGAUACUAUGGCACAGAGAGGAAUACAUUAUACAGUGCAUUUGGAAAGUAUUCAGACCCCUU